AUGAUGCGGCUCGUAGGAAUGGUUCCAUCGCAAAGUGCAGCAGAAAGGGCGAAUGGCCUGCUGCAGAGAUGCGGCGGCGACACAAAGCAGAACAAUCUCCUCUUCAGCACCCGAGUCGACGUUACCACAGUCGGGUGCAAGUACAAUGCCAUGGCAAGGAUCCAGCGUGGCCGCAAGCGCAAGGCACAGCACAUGCAUUGGGACGAGGACCACGAUCUUUCCGCGGACAGCGAUGCCGAGUCCUGGGCAUCGGAAGGUGCUGCACUGGGAUUUCGCGCAGAUCCGCCGUCUGAAGGUGAGGAGAACCUCGGCCUGUCUUAUCAGUCAUCCCCGUCCUCAUCUUCUUCCUGA